AUGAUGAUAAAUGUAUUUACGGUAUACCGUAGCAUGUCGCCUGCAUCUUUAUACUGCAACGGUUAUGACAAUGACCUCAUUCAAUUAGAAGACCUAGUGGCGCUUGACUCACCGUCGCUAUUAGAAACACCGUCUCCGAAGCCAACUUCACCACCACCUGUGAGAGAUGCUUGUGAGGACUUUUCGCCUGAUGACGACAGCGAUUACGAACCACCCAAUGAUCGUGGUGCUUUAAGUUCGGAUUCAGAAAAUAUCCCUCCAAAUGAAGAGACUCUGCAAACGAACGAAGAGGUAGUUCACUUUGGAGAUAUGUUUGAAGGCCGACGUAGACAGAGACUAGCUCAACCCGAAAGUUGGAAGAAAAGUAUUACUAAACGGUUAAGGAUGGAGGGGAAAGAGUAUGUCGGUUACAAAAGACCAAAGGGUGAGAAAGUACAAAGCCAAAUUCGAAACCAAAGGGUCCUUGGCCCUAAAUGCAAUUCAGAUUUUUGUAGAAAUAGUAAGUUGAGAUGUUGUGAUGAAGUAGGGGAUGAGGACAGAGAGAAGAUAUUUCGACAAUUCUGGAGCAAUAUGGACUGGCAUCAACGAAAAGUGUAUGUUGCUAACAACAUAACUUUUCAGGAAAAAGAAAAAAAUGCAGAUCCUUACGCUAGAAAUAAAUUCAAUCAAACUAUCAAAUCGAAGAAUAUAGCUAUCCACACAAUAAAGAAGGACAUGUGUGAUGUUUGUGUAGGUCAUCAGACCGGUAAUGUAAGCGAAAUUGACUACCAAACACAUCUAAGAAGAAAAAAUCGAGCCCGUGAAGAAAAAUCUAUGGAUAAAAGUGAGGCGAUCAAGGGAAACUGCAUAGUUUUAACAAUGGAUUUACAAUCGGUUAAAAUGUGUCCGUUUAUCACAGCUAGUGCUGUUUACUAUAAAACAAAAUUAUGUGUUCAUAAUUUUACCAUCUAUGAUUUAGCAUCUCAUGAGUGUACAUGUUACUGGUUUACAGAAACGGAAGGUGGUCUAUCAGCGUCUACCUAUGCGUCAUUUAUUAUUGAUUAUUUGACCCGCCAUAGCCUUCCCAAACAUCUACCCAUAAUAAUAUACUCAGAUGGCUGCACAAGCCAGAACCGAAACAAUGUAUUAUCGAAUGCUUUAUUAAAUUUCUCCAUGCAACAUCAAGUGGCUAUAAUACAAAAAUAUCUUGAAGUCGGACACACGCAGAUGGAAGGAGAUUGUGUACAUAGCGCUAUAGAAAGGAAAUUGAAAAAUAGGCUAAUCCACUUACCAAGUGAUUACCUGUCGGUUACCAAAGAAGCUCGCAAAAAUCCUUGUGAGUACGAAACUGUAAUGGUAGACUAUACUUUUUUCAAAAACUAUUCGGCUCCUGAAACAUGGCGCUACACUUCGAUCCGACCGGGACGCAAAGCUGGAGAUCCAAAUGUUACUGAUAUAAGGGCUAUUUUUUAUGCCAACACAGGCCUGAUUAAGUUUAAAUUGGACUUUGACUCCGAUUGGGAUAGCCUCCCUCAAAGGGUUAAUAAAAUUGCCAUCAUAAGAGAGUACGCAUCCCUGCAUAGGAAUAGAAUACCUAUCACAUACCAAAAAUAUAAACAUUUACAGGAGCUAAAGUCUGUUAUCCCAUUGGACUAUCAUUCCUUUUACGACAGUUUAUCUCAUAAUGAACAUUAA